AUGGGCACUAAAAAACCAACACUUACUGAAGAAAAGCCUUUUACAACUGACACGAGUUAUGACGACCUUACUAUAUACCUAGCUGAAAAAUCUUGUGGAGAAAAUCAAAAUCAAAAUGCAAUGUCUAGCUAUGCAAAUAUUGAUAGAGGAACAGUAAAUCUAAAUGAGGCUUUGCAUCUAACUGGCACUCUCACUACGAAGCCAUUGGUAUUAACAAAGGAAUUGGAAUCUCUCUAUGAUGCUCGUUAUAAAACAGACUAUUUUCCUCGUGGUGGUAAGAAGGUUGGCAAACCUCAAGCCCCACGUUACAUUCGUACAAUAGACAAUGAAUCAAAGAUCACUAUCCAACUUCCACAAGGGUAUGGGAUUCCAGCAGAUCCUGAAAACUAUUUUCUUGAAGUGUCCCUCGUAACUGUCAAUCGAGGAGCUGGUCACCACUGGCAUGUGUACCAAUUUCAAUUACAUCAUACUGAUCAAAAUGUUCGAGAUGAUAAUCCUGUCGUCAUGCCUAUAACUGCGGAAAAUUAUCAAAAAGGCGAAAUUGAAAUCGAACUAGUCGUUAUCAAAACACGGAAAGAUCACCUGAGGCAAGUUUUGUCCCUAAAUCCAUUUGUGCAAGAACCAAAUCUAGAAUUGACAGAGGGUUGUAAAACGAUCGAGGAUCUUGAAAGCAGAUACAAUCUCUUAUGUGCACAGGUCGCAUUUUCCAUUGUUUAUCAAAUGUCAGAUGGUAGUUUUGUUCGAUAUCCAAGUACGACAGUCAUCUCCAAUGAAAUCGUUGAAAAAAAGCCAAAUCCUACUGAUGAGAUCACAUGCCCCCAUUGCUCCGGAACUUUGAGCAUUAAAGAACAGAAGAAAGCACAGAGAAAGCGACCUUCAGCUGCACCAAGUGCAUCAACAAAGAAGGGUCGUGGAGUUUAA